AGAUCGAAGACGGCCAAAAUACUUUAAUCAAGGCGUGGAUUAUUAUAGAAUUGCCAUGCGGUAAAUAGAACGACAACGCGAGUCGAUGAGGCCGAGACCGUUGGCGAGAUCCUGGAUUGCGGGCGGGGAUCAACCCACCCACCCCCGACGAUAGAGCGUCGGCGCCGCGACGGCGGAAGCACGCAGACGCAUCUGGACCAACAUCGAUGACGUACAGACGUGAGGAAGGCAGCAUACGGAAUCCGGUGGCAGGCUCCAGUCCGUUUCGAUUCCGCUUAGCGUUUGGUCUUCCAUCGGGAGUUGACGAGUAAAGGAGGAUUCGCGCUUUCGGCACACGAGAUAAAAUACCUGGAUGCUGGAGGAGCUUCUAUCGAUCUGCCGAUAUCGACGAGCGAUAAGCGGGUCCGUCUCUGCUCACGGGGUUGCACCUGCUCGAAUGCGACGUCGCGACGCCCGAUUGUCGACAUUUCGAGUGUCGAUCGAAACAUUAGGAGAGAGCGAUCUCAGAGAGCAAUGACAGAACGCACGAAGAUUACGAACCACCUGUGAACCGGCUUGGAAACGCAUAUCAAGACAUCGAUCAUCUUUGAGGAUUACGGAUAUAAUGUGCAUCUGUGCAUCUGUGUGUUUGUGAUUUCGAUAUUUAUAACUGUGUGGCAUUGUUUGUAAAACGCGCGGCGAACUGUGUAAUUGUGCAAUAAUUAUAUACAAAAGUGUUCUGCAGGGAUAAUCGAGAGCACAUAACUGGACAUCGUUAUCGAGCAGAGCUAACGAGUUAAGUUAACUCGCUACUGACAGAUUGAUGACUAAUUGGAGAGUCCAGGAUAAUAAACAUGAAAUAUUUGAAAAUCGCAUUAUUUACGUUCAAUCUAUUAAUAUGGCUGGCUGGCUGCACGGUGCUCGUUAUAGGCGCCUGGUUACUCCUGGAGCCCAGCAAGGGGCACAUUCUCAAUCUUUUCGUAUCUGACGUCAAGCCGCAUGAAACUAUUAAUCUGAUAGCUUACAGCCUCCUCGGGCUCGGUUUCAUCGUGCUUACGGUCGGCUUCUUCGGCUGUCGCGCCGCGCUACGCGGAAAUCAAUGCAUCCUCGCCACCUACAUGAGCAUGCUGGUCGCGCUCAUCAUCACGGAACUGGUGACGGCGGCCAUUGGAGGGUUGAUGACUUUUCAGAUCUUGUCAGAUCUGGAGGAGAGGCUCACCAGUAAACUGGCAGUGAAUUAUGGUCACGAUCCGACCAGCGAUAUUGCCUUCAGCCAUAGCUUGGAUUUUGCGCAGUACAAGUUUAAUUGCUGUGGAGUCCAUGGCGACAACGACUACAAUGGUACAGCUUGGUGGAGGGACAGUCAAAUCUCGGGAAACAGGAGACAAGUUCCCCUCACAUGUUGUGUUCUUAAAAAUUCCGAGAAUAAAAAUACAGGCAGUCCAAUGAGCGUUGUUUCGAGAGUGUUCCACAAAAAUAACGAAAAACCGUGGCUGCAUCCACAACCGAAGGAUGAGGCCGCAUGUCAAGUAGAGAAUCAAGAAGGUCAUGAGGGAUACAGACACAAAGAAGGCUGCCUUGGAAAAGUUACCAACUGGUUGCAAUGCGAAAGUUUCACGUUGGUAUUCCUCGGAAUGGCAAUGGCAGGAAUACAGACAUUCGGAAUAAUAACAUCUGCUUUUCUCUGUCGAACAAUAAGGGAUAUGCAGGAUGAAUGAUCCAUAGUUCGUAGUCUCAAUGAAGUGAAAAGAAUGUCAUGGCACAUGCAUUCUUCUCAUUGAGAAAGAGGAAAUAACUUCGUUUUGUAUCAUCUGCCAAGAUUUUCAAAAUCGAGUCUUGUAUAAAUCAAAGACAAUGACAAGAUUCAUAAAACUGCAACUUAGAAAUCCUGUGAAAAGAAAGCAAGUCUUGUUCUUUCUUUCUGUGAAGUGUCUAAUCAACUUCGAAGCGAGAUAAAUGCGUACGCUACAUUUUUAGAUCAUUCUUUAGUGUGUACUUUGCUGCGAGUCAGUAACAAGGUAACCAAUACACUCUGAUGUAUAUAUACAAUAUAUACGCAUCUUUGUUGUGUUCAAUCCAAAUAACAAGUCGCAAUGUUAUGAUAUCUCGCAUAAAAUUUUAUGACGAUUGCCGGUGAAAAUCGAUCAAUAACGUGAAUUGUUAUUCGCGAUAUCUUGUCGGCUUGUAAAUACACUUGCCAAUGCAGAUAAUAAGAGUAUAUGCGUUGUGUAUGUGAGAAUUUUCGAGUUCUUUUUCCUUUCUGAAAAAUUUACCUGAUUCAAAAUACAAAUAAUUUUUCGCACAAAGCUGUAUGCAUUUUAGAAAAAUGAUUUUGACGAAUGAGAGUAUAUGGAUGUGUGUAGGAGAGCUGGAACUGAUUGUGAUAUUUUCAUUUUUGAGGUUUUCUAAGCGCAAUAUUAGAGUAUUCCAUUGAGAAAUAUAUUGUUACGCUCGCGGCGAGGACUUCGAUAAAUAUCGAAAGCGCGCACUUACGAACUUUAAUGCACAACACAGAACACAAACGAUAACGUAAAUAAUAACAAUCGGAAUAAUAACGCAAAUAGCACAACGGAACGGCUCGGGAGAAAAACGCGUCCGCACAGCUAGACAGCUGGCUCCAGACUCAUCUGACAGUCGUUGUUUGUAAACAAUCUUCCUGCCGACGAGAUCCGAACAACGGCAGGGUCAUAACGACUUGGGCGCGCGCGUAACAAUAUUAAAAUCAUAUAAUGCUAUUUACGCGUUUUAACUGCAUGAAUUUUCAAGAUAAUUUAUUUAUCUAUUAUUU